AUGGUACGUGAAGUUAUGAUGGCAGUCAAUACACCGACAACACCAUCAUACAACAUCCGUGACAAAGCAAAAGAAAACGGUGAAGCACUAUGUGCAGUAUGUGGUGAUGGUCAUGCAAAAUUACACUAUGGUGUAUUGGCAUGUUAUGGAUGUAAGGGUUUCUUUAGACGUACAUUGACUGGCAAAUAUCGCUAUGUUUGCAGAUAUCGAAACAACUGUGUGGUUGACAGAUACCAAAGAAACAGCUGCCGGUACUGUAGAUAUCAACGAUGUUUAGCCGUCGGGAUGGAUCCAAAAGCCGUAAGACCGGACCGCGACCUUACUGGAAAACAAAAGGUGCCAAGGUUACGAAAAAGGCAGUUAAACGAGGAUCUUCUGAAUAGUGUGGCAAGUUGGCGUUUACAAGGAGAUGAAUGGAUUAAGAAACUGCCAUCCGAGUCUGCGGAACUUCUAUAUAGGUUAUUGGCGAUUGAGCAAAAAGUUGUUAAGGGCGAUACACCAACCUAUUCGCCUUAUAAUACAUUAGCCAAAAAUGUUUCACUCAGGGAUUUAUUUGAACGGAAACCGAUACUGAACGGUCGUCGUACAGAGAUGCAGUACAAACCAAUUAGGAUGGCCAAAAUUGAAGAGCUACCAGAGAUUGCGCAUAGACGAGCUAUUGCUGCCGUAGAUUGGGUAGAUUCGCUUUCCGAAUUGGCUAAUGUUACCGAUACUGAAGAUAAGGUAGCAUUAGUUAAAUCGUGCUACUCGCCGCUUACUAUUUUUAAUUUUUCUGCAAGGACCGCCGAAAAUACCGACGAUCCAAACAUCCUCUGCUUAUGCAGUUUUUCUUUUGUACCUCGAAAACUACCUCCUGAAUUCAAUCAGACAAACCAACUCACCGAUAAUCUGAUUGAUAGAACCCUCAACGAAUUAGUGGAACCACUAAGAAAGCUGAAACUUAGCGAAUUCGAGUUGGUUCCGCUAAAAGCCAUUAUUAUCCUUAACCCAUAUGCGAAAGGUCUGUCGCAACACGCACGCCAGGCUAUAUCAAAUUUCCGAGACAAGGUACAAGACACAUUAUAUCAGAUUGUCAAAGAGUACAUGCCAUCACCAUCAACCAGUUGCUCAUCACGUUUCGGGAACCUCUUGCUUUUACUGCCAACAAUUAUGACACUUUCGGGGAUUAUGAGUGAAAACCUUCAAUUUGUCCAACUUUUUGGAGCCCGAAAAAGUGGCACUGAUAUACUGAAUGAGAUGUUUGGUGACGUAUGUGCGAAAUUGGAAGAACCCGUACCAUCUUCAUCGUCACCACCAACUUUUGAAAAUCCAGCCGAAAUAUCACUACAGUCAAUCAGCCCACCGCUACCACGAAUUCCUGCAAACGGUAAUGCCAUUUCGGUUAAAAAAUCCAAACAAGAUUCUGAAACCCAAACAGAUCUUGACGAUGGAUUAUUAUUCGAAGGCACAACACUGCAGGACCAUGUAAGAUUCGCCGAUACUGAUAAGCAUAUAAAUUAA